AUGGUUACCACUAGUACAACAACUUCUGAUAUCAACGACACCAUUAAACCAAUAAGAUCGACUGUUGAGUCUAGACAACAAGAAAUCAUUAAUAAUUUAAUAAAACUUGCUCAAAAAGAACAAGCUAACGGCAAUACUUCUAUUACUACUGAUAAAUUAGCAAAACUAUCAGAUUUGUUGGCUCAGAAACAACAAUCUAAACAAAAAGAGGAUAGAACACCGCAACCUAGUAGGAAACAAUACCAUCCAAAACCAAAAUACGUUUCUUUAAUUAACAAAUUUGAUAUCAACAAAUCCAAACCAAAAGAACUCGUUGAACAGAAACCGAUCAAGAAGCAAAAACAUUAUUACAGACCUAAUCAGUUUAGUUUUAAAAAAUUAGAGUCCAUACUCGUGAAUAUUUUAGAAAAUAUCGCUAAUUUGUUAGAUAAUUUGCAUUUAUUGUCCAAUCUUCCAAUGUUUCCUAAAUUUUUAAAUAAUUUCUUGAAGCAAACCAAUAAAAUAUGGGUAUUGAUAUUGGUGUUUUUAAUUAGAAAGACCAUCUCACAACUACUCAACGUUAUUAGAAAAAUCAGAAAGGUCAAUGUUGAAGUUGAUUUAUUGAAUAGUUCUUCCACGAUUACUAAGAAUAGUUCAAUUAAUGACGAUUUGAAUAAAAAGUAUAAUAAAGUGUUGAAAGAUUUACGAUUUGAUAAAAUGAUGUUAAUUAUAGAAUUAAUAGGUAAUUUCUUGGAUUUAACGUUUAAUUUCAUUGAAAUGAAUGGAAUUGAUUUACCAAAUUGGGCAAUGAGUAUUUUGAAUUUCUCAAGUAUGGCCAUGACUAUCUAUAGAAUGAAUAAAGAUGACGAGUAUAUUGACGAUGAUAUUACUGAAGAUUUAAUAUAA